AUGUUCGCCCGCACCCUGCUGAGAAGGCGCCGCGCGGCCACCGUCGCCGCCGGCGUCGCCGCCUCUGCCUUUGGCCUCUCGUCGCUCGCUGCUGCUGACUCCGCGCCGCCGGCCUCCAAGCUGGCGAAGAAGGAGUCGGGGCUUGGCGUCUCGUUUGAGGUCAACGUGUCCCCCUCGCAGCUCGAGGUCGUCGAGCCCAGGAUCCCAGACGACGGGCUGUCUCCGACGGAGUGGCGCGCGCUCAGGCUCGAGAGCGUUACGCCGCUCUCUCACAACACCGCCGUCUACCGCUUCGCGUUUGAGGACGAGACUGCCUCGUCCGGGAUGAGGGUGGCGUCCUGCCUGCUCACAAAGGCCGCCAUCGGGUCGGAGAAGGCGGACGGCUCGCGUGCCAACGUCAUCCGACCCUACACGCCCAUCUCGCGCCCCGACGCCAAGGGGCACGUCGACCUCGCCGUCAAGACCUACCCCGAUGGAAAGAUGUCGCAGCACAUCGCCAGCCUCAAGGUGGGCGACACGCUCGAGAUCAAGGGCCCGGUCGUCAAGCUGCCUUACAAGCUGAACGAGCACGCCAAGCUCGGGAUGAUUGCGGGCGGCACGGGCAUCGCGCCGAUGCUGCAGGUGAUCGACGAGAUCCUCGCCGGCGAGAGCGCGUUCGGAAAAGACAACACCAAGGUGUCGCUCAUCUUUGCCAACGUGUCGGAGCAAGACAUCCUGCUCAAGGAGGAGGUGGACAGGCGGGCGGCCGCCAACCCCAGCCAGCUUGAGGUCUUCUACCUCGUUGACAAGGCCUCGAGCCCCGACUGGAGCGGUGGCGUCGGGUACGUCACCAAGCAGAUGCUGGCCGAGAGGAUGCCGCCGCCCGGGAGUAGCGGCCGCGUCUUCGUGUGCGGGCCGCCGCCGAUGGUGGUGUGCGGCGCCAAGGGAACCAAGGAGGACCCAAAGGCGCAGGGCGAGCUGUCGGGCAUGCUCAAGGAGCUGGGCUACGCCAAGGAGGAGGUGUUCAAGUUCUAGGUAGAGCAGGUUGGGGGAAUAUUACCGGCGACUCUGGUUGAGAGUAGAGUUUCGUAUUCGCUGUUUAUUCACGCACGCCCCUAGGGAAGCUAGCUAGAGCCCACGGUUCCCGGGGUCGCCUGAAACGAGAUAGUUUACCUCUAUGAAAGCGUGCAACACGUAUAAUACAU